UUUGAUCUAUUGGCCAUAUAAAAAGACUACAUCACAUCCAACGAACAUUAUCUAAAUAUCACACAGUCACAUUAUCACAAACCAUGGCCUCCUCAAGUCUCCAGUUCUUCUUCUUCUUGACACUUCUCUUGCCGUUCACUCUCACCACCGCCACACGUGACACAUGUGCGACCGCCGCUCCAGACGGCUCCGACGACCUCUCAAUCAUCCCCAUUAACGCCAAAUGCUCACCUUUCGCACGCACUCACGUCUCUGCCUCCGUGAUAGACACUGUCCUCCACAUGGCCUCCUCCGACUCCCACCGCCUCACCUACCUCUCAAGCCUCGUCGCCGGAAAACCAAAACCAACAUCCGUCCCCGUCGCCUCCGGUAACCAGCUCCACAUAGGAAACUACGUGGUCCGAGCCAGACUCGGCACUCCUCCACAGCUCAUGUUCAUGGUCCUCGACACAAGCAACGACGCCGUUGGCUCCCUUGCUCCGGCUGCUCCGGCUGUUCCAACGCCUCAACCUCCUUCAAUACGAACUCCUCCUCCACUUACUCAACCGUCUCUUGCUCCACCACACAAUGCACCCAAGCACGUGGCCUCACACACGCUGACGCUAUCCCCUGACGUCAUCCCAAAUUUCUCCUUCGGCUGCAUCAACUCUGCCUCAGGCAAUUCUCUACCUCCACAAGGACUAAUGGGCCUGGGACGCGGGCCCAUGUCAUUGGUCUCCCAAACGACGUCCCUUUACUCAGGAGUGUUCUCCUACUGCCUCCCUAGCUUCAGGUCCUUCUACUUCUCCGGGUCGUUGAAACUGGGUCUCUUGGGUCAACCCAAAUCCAUCAGAUACACUCCACUCCUCCGUAAUCCUCGCCGUCCAUCACUUUACUAUGUCAAUCUCACCGGAGUGAGUGUCGGUUCCGUCCAGGUGCCCGUUGACCCAGUGUAUUUGACGUUUGACUCGAAUUCCGGCGCCGGAACGAUCAUCGAUUCCGGUACUGUUAUCACCCGCUUUGCUCAACCUGUUUACGAGGCCAUUAGAGACGAGUUUAGGAAGCAGGUGAAUGGGUCAUUCUCGACAUUGGGAGCGUUUGACACGUGUUUCUCGGCGGAUAACGAAAAUGUGGCGCCAAAGAUAACGCUGCACAUGACGUCACUCGACUUGAAGCUGCCGAUGGAGAAUACGCUUAUCCACAGCAGCGCGGGAACGCUGACGUGUCUAUCCAUGGCGGGGAUACGGCAGAACGCAAACGCUGUUCUAAACGUGAUCGCGAAUCUCCAACAGCAGAACUUAAGGAUCUUGUUUGACGUUCCUAAUUCUCGCUUAGGAAUUGCUCCUGAGCCCUGCAACUAAGAGAGAACAUAAAAUGAUCUCCCUCUCUUUAUUUUACGUUCUUUGUACGUUUGAUUUGAACAAAUCCCUUCGCAAUUU